AUGCAGGUUUCAGCCUCACGCAGCGCGCUCCUGCAGCAGCCUUGCCCGCAGCAGAGGUCGCUCGAGGAGCGGUUCGGCGCCUUCCCGCGCACCUGGGUGCCGAUCGCGUCCACCUUUGAGCUCGAGCCCGAUCGGCCGACGCCAGUAAAAUUUCUCUCGCAGGAUUACGUCGCGUUCCGCGACAACAGAGGCGAGUGGCGCGUGAUGGACGACGCGUGCCCGCACCGCCUCGCGCCGCUGAGCGAGGGCCGCAUCGACCGCGAGAGCGACCGCAUCGAGUGCGCAUACCACGGCUGGUCCUUCGAGCCGUCCGGGGCGUGCGCGCGCAUCCCUCAGGCCAGCGAGUCGGUCGCCGCGGGCGCAGUGCCGUCGAGGCGCGCAUGCGUCGCCUCGUACCCCACGCGCGAGCACAAGAGCGUCCUCUGGGUGUGGCCGUGGGAGGAGGACUGCCUCACCGUCGCCGGCGACCUCCGCGCCCAGCCCGAGGGGUUUCUGCGCGGCGUUGCGCACGACGCCUCCACGUACACUCGCGACCUACCCUACGGGUGGGACACGCUCCUCGAGAACAUCCGCCGCGCCGGCGUCGGUGCGUUCCGCGCGCCGUUCGUGGUCGCGUACAACGCCGACUACGAGGCCCAGUACGACAAGAAGGGCCGGCCGAGGCCGUCGCGCCCUUUCAACCUGACUGUGGAGCAGGUCGUGCGCACGCGCGGUGGCGAGGCGGCGGGAAGCUACUUCAUGCCCACCCAGUCGGAUCGCUGUAUCGCGGCGCUGCGCCGCUGGCUGAGCAGUCACGCGCCAUCCGGGCUGCCGGCCGCCGUCUCCGCCCUCGCCGCUUGGCGCAAGCGCACGUACCGCGUGCUCGCCGCGGCGCUGCUCCUCGGCGUUCGCUUCUGGCUGGCGCGGCUGGUGGGCGUCGCUUGUUUGGGCCUGCUGCGUCUGUACGUCGUGGUCGAGAAGCAGUUUCAAGUGGGCGAGUACAAGCACUGGCAAAACCACUAG